CUAUGAUGAAGUUAAACAAAAAUGAAAAUAGUGGACAGUCUUGCCGGACACCACUUGAGGUUGCAAUAUCAGAUGAGAGUUCGCCAUAAGCUCUGACUCAACUGGUAGUGUUCGAGUAAAGAACUUUCUAAGGACUUAUGUACUUCUGAGGUACGCCUUUCAAUGACAGACAUUGUCGGACGCCGAUGAGCAUGCUUGUGUUCUAAUACCUGACUAAUGGUGAAUAUGUGGUCGAUAGACAAACAUCUUCGUCCAUCGUGAAACAUUUUUUGGGACAAUUUCUAGGUUUGAUGUCAAGUCAGCCUUUGUUAUGUUAUACAAAUGUUUCAGGGCUUAUACUAAGAUUGACUGUAGCCUUGGACACGCGAAAACUAAAACUUUUUAUGUGUUCAGAAACAAUAUGUUCUUAUUCUGUACCUACCUUAGUAGUACUGAUUUAUGCAGUACAGUUUCCACAUCGUGCUCUUUAUUAUUAUCUUUGUCUUCGUUAACCUUCUAAUUUGUCCAGUCGACCUUUUAUUUUUUUUCAUACAUAAUGUUUUAUUAGUUAAUACAUGAUCUCAGAUUGUUCGAAAUGUAUUUGGUGAACACACCGCGUAUUUCUAAUGAUGUUUUUCCUCUCAUUUCUUUAUCUAAAAGUAGUCCAUUUUGUUAAUCAAUAUCCUUUUCCUCUCACAGACCUAAAAACAAUACGUAACGUGCAGCAGGAAAUAUGCUUUCUGGGAUUGUCUUGUGCAGGAGAAUACUCAAAUAUGCUUCAAUUGCCCAAACAAAUAAGAGUCCAGUGGUGGCCGACGUUGGAAAAUCCAUGGGUUGAAGACUCUUUGGCUGAUAACGAUCUACUGAAGAGAAAACCAGUGGAUUAUGAAAUUAGUCAAGCAGAAUAUGUAUGGGUAGAGAAAAUUCUGAAGAACACUAAAAUCCCGUUUCCUGAAAAUAUUGUGGCUUCUACUCCUAGUGGCUGGAUACCCCCAAACCCUGAAUUAUCAAAGGAUGUACCUUAUUCUGUCCGAAGGUCGAAAAAUCACAUGCUACCCGUUUAUUACGCAGAGAAACAAAGAAAGAAAAAAGAGCAUACACAUGGGACUCGACAGCUGACGGUCAUUAGACAUGUUGAUGGAGAUAUGCAAGCUCUGGCUAAUGAUCUCCGGACGAUUCUUCAACCGAAAUGUGAAGCUGGACUGUUUCUUUGUCAAGUAGAUGAAGUAACACGUUGUAUAAAAAUUGAAGGGUUAUUCCAAGAAGAGGUGGCUAAAUUUCUUCUCAGUAAGGGGUUUUGA